AUGGGUUGUGGAGGAUCAACAACGAAUAAAACCGACGGUGGUCAUGAAAAAGAGGACUAUUUGAGAGAACCAGAUAAUGACUUGAUUGAAGUAGAAGAUUAUCAGACUCUGGAUGACUUAGCGCAUACUCUGGCGGACGGAUUAACAAAUGACGUGCAAAAAGUGCGGGCGAUCUUUACCUGGAUUGGUUUACAGGGGUCAAGGAAAAACAAAUCUAAAAAGGAAGAUAAUAAAGGCCAAGAUCUCUCUUCGCCAAAAACCAUUGUACAACAAGUUAUACAAAGAAAACGCUCGGCUGCCAACAUUCCGUCUGUAUUUAUUCGGGGGCUGGGGAAGAGUGUGUCCUACGAGGUAGGUGACAAAGAUGUUGACAAUUUGAAAAACUCAUGGACGGCAGUGUAUGUAGCUGGAGGGUGGCACUUUGUGUUUCCUCAUUGGGCUUUCUCAGCAGUGGUUGGUCACUCUAAGGGUACAUGGACUCUAUUGGAAACCCAAGAAAAACGUACAAGAGAAAAAGAAGAAAGAUCAUCAGGUAAAACAGUCAGCCAUAUAAACGACUAUUACUUCCUUACGGAUGCAGAAGAGUUCAUCUAUACUUGUUACCCCUUCAACUCAAAAUGGCAACUUCUUACCCUUCCAUUCACCAAACAGGACUUUAUAGAUAUCGCAUAUUGUAAACAUCACUAUUUUGAAAAUCACUACAAAAUUACAACACCGAAUAAAUGUCUCUAUGCAUCUGUUGGCGGGGCAUGUGAUAUUGGGAUCAGGAAGUUAGACAAAGAAGAAAGUUUUUAUGCAUACAAGCUGUAUUUCAACCACGAGAAAUCAAAGACAACUCUCCCUUCUGAAAUACAGCUAAAGAGAUACGUAGCCAUAUUCAAUGAAGGUCCCUCUAUUAAAUUUUUUGUUCGGUUUCCCUGUGAAGGCAUAUAUAAGAUGGAAAUCUAUGGUGGCCAUUCUCCUCUAUGUAAAUUCAAACUUGAAUGUAACGAGGAUUUAAACUAUAUAAAACCUUUUCCUUUAAAUCCAGAGUGUGGAUUUGGUCCUAACUCACUAACUGAAGAAGCGGGGCUCCGUCCGCAGUCCCACAAGUGUGGCUUUAUAAAUAUAAGAAAGACAAUGAAUUUUACCGUGAUAUUUAACAUUACAAAGAAAGUGUUUGUCCAGACAAGCUUGAUACACAAUUAUAUCGAACAAGAGACGCUGAAUAAACACGUGACCCAUAAGAUAAAAGGUCAGGAACUAGAUAUCAAUGUGAAUUUGCCUCAAAAAGGGGAAUAUGCGCUUCAGAUUGAUGCAAAGGACAAAGAUUCCCAUGGUUCAUACAAGAAUGCCUGCAACUACCUUUUGACCUCAGACAACAUUAACAAAAAGCGGAAGCACUACGAGAAUCCGAUAGAAAAAAGAAUCAGGAAGGCAUUACAGGAACACACUACUUCAAAUGACAUAGGGGCUCUCCAAAAGGCUCUUGAUGACUUUGAUAAGGUUGAUCUAGACGACAAAGGGGAUCGCCAACAGGCAGAAGAAAGAUUGACGUACCUGAGCCUGCGAAAAGAACUGAAAGAUGCAAUUGCAAGAAGGCAUGGUGAGAAACUAGAAGAAGCAAUAGAAAAUGCUAAAUCGUCCGUGUACAAGUCCAAUUUUGAGAAUAUUAUUGAAGAAGCAGAGGAUUUGUUAUCACAGUUGCAAAGGCUGAAGGCAUUUGCUCACGAUAUCCUGCAAAUGCAACAGACGACAGUCUCCGAAAUCCAAACCUAUAAACACCCAAAACCUAUGGCUUAUGAUGUCAUGAGAGCUACAUACAUCCUUCUAGGGGAAGAGGAAUGGCGGGUCGAGGAAUGGGAACAGAUACAGGCAUUGAUGCGUAGGACGGGGGAAAAAGGGCUGUUAAGGCGCGUGCGUCAGUUCAACAUUACCCACGUGACCAAAAACAUGGUCAGUCACUCCUCUCAAAUACUUCGACUUUACGAUGAAGAGACGAUACGAGCUUCCAGUGUGGGUCUCGGCACAUUUUACAAAUGGGCUAUACAUGUUAUUGAAGAAAUGACAAAAGCAGAAGAUUUUUCUGGAGACUUAGAGGUUCAGGAAAAUAUUCGCAAAACUUAG